AUGAUUACGAGUUUCAAGUCAUUAUCUAGAGCAGGUACCUCAAAUAUACGGCUGUUCUCAACCAGCUCGUGUUCCCGAGGCAAAAUAAGAAAAUUUUUGAAGCUAGCCGCAAGAGAUGACAUUUAUAUUAAACCAACUAGUAACUUUGAACACCAUCAAAAGAAAGCUAGAAAAGUCAAAGCUGGCGAAGAAAGAACAGCUGCCGAUUUGAGGAAACAAAAAGCCGCUACAAUCUUGCAAAAAGUCUAUAAUGAAGAUGUUGAUCAUAAAAAGUUGGGUCCAACAAGUAAUGAAGAUUUGAAGUAUUUUCAACAUGCGGAUAGGAAAACCCUUUACACUUUACUCGGUGUCACUGAAGACCAGAUUUUAGAUUCUGUUGUGGUAACAAAGAGUGUACGAGCUUUCUUAAAAAGGGAUCAAACAGAAAAGGCCAUGACAUUAGCAAAAUUAGCACAAUCAAAAGGUAUUGUCAGUAUGAAUUUCAUUGUUGCAUACUUUGUACAACAGGGCAAAAUAAAUGCAGCUCUUGAUUUGCACACCAUGAGAAAGAAGUGGAAUGUUUCAUUGAAUGAACAAUCUAUGACAAUGUUAUUUGAUGAAAUAUCUGCAUAUAGACCAGUUGAUGACCAACAGCCUUUAACUGACGCACAAGCCAAAAGAGUUUUAGAAAUUUACUUAGCAUCCACCAGAAAGAGUGAUUAUAAACCAAAUCUUAUACAUUUCAACACUUGUAUAUCAGCAUUAUUCAGGGCCAAUGAUCAAUCACAUGCUAUGAAUUUAUUCAAACAAAUGGAAGAUAUAAAUAUAAGACCAGAUGUAAAAACAUACACUAUUGUGCUACAAGGGUUAGCACAUGCCAAAAAUGACAUCUGGGCUGUUGUUAAUGCAAUAGAUAUAUUUCCAAAGUUGUUGACAUUCCCUGAACACAAAUUGGAUAACCAUGUUUUAGAAGCACUCGUAAGAGUAUUUACCAAUCGUGAGAAGCUUUAUUUGAUUAAGAGAGGCAUUCAAAUAGCACAAUCAUGUUUUCAAAUACCAGAUGGUGUUCCAAAAAUUGAUAAUUUCAAGAGACUUGCUCCUUCACAAAAGGGUGAAAAGCUUCAAAUUCCUGAUGUUUUCACAAUUGAGAACAAGAUUGAACCUACUGCUUCAUUAAUUGAUACCAUCAUGCUUGCUGCUUCCAAAAUAGGUGAUGAUAAACUAGCUAUCAAAUUCUUUGAAACUUUCAAAGAAGAAGGUUACACUUCCUCAAUUGAUCGUGCAUUAGUUCAUAGAUAUUUGACUGUUUCUCAGCUUGAAGAUAAGAAGAAUGCUGGUGAAAAUUCAAUCAAAAUUUACAAAACAUUCACUCAAUCAGACCUUUUCAGACAUAUCAAGCUUAAUGAUCAAACUAAAUACAUUGUUUUCAAUGGAUUAGCCCGUCAAGUUAAUUCAACAUAUGAAGAAAAGAAACAAAGUCUUAGAAAUAAUAAAAAAGCCAACGAUGCCCUUGGAUUUGUUGAAGAAUUCAUGGAAAUGGUUGAAAAACCAUACAGCUUAAGGGUCUUUAGUGGUUAUUUGAAAGCCGUUCAUAAAUUAUCAUCAAGUGGUAAAAGAACAUCGAUGGUCAAAGAACGUUUACAAGUCAUGAGAAAAUAUGUCAGCGGAAAAUCGUUCAAAGACUUGAAUUGUACCAAGCCAGAACUUGAUGCGUUUAUUAAACAUUUGAAUGAAGUUGAAAAACGUUUCCCAAGGGAACCAAAAACUGAUAAAAUGAUCACUAUAACUGGAAAUGAUCUUACUGCAACUCAAACUAGUUAAUG